AUGGAUCUCGUCAACCACCUCGAAGGCCGUCUUCUCUUCGCCGUGCCUAAAAAAGGACGUCUGCAACAAGCAACCCUCGAUCUUCUUGCCGGCUGUGACGUCCAGUUCCGCCGCGAAACCCGCCUCGACAUCGCGCUGGUCAAGAACCUGCCCAUCGCGCUGAUCUUCCUGCCCGCUGCCGACAUCCCGACCUUCGUCGGCGAAGGCCGCGUCGAUCUGGGCAUCACUGGCCGCGACCAAGUCGCCGAGCACGAUGCCACCCUGCCCGCCGGCGAGACUUCCAACGUCGAGGAGCUCCUCGACCUGGGCUUCGGCGCCUGCAAGCUGCAAGUGCAGGUCCCCGAGAAGGGCGAUCUCAAGGAGGCCAAGGACCUCGUUGGUCGCAACGUCGUGACCAGCUUCACUGCGCUCACUGAUGCUUUCUUCCGUAAGCUGGAGGGCGUCGAGGCGGGCCAGAAGCUCUCCACGAAGAUCAAGUAUGUCGGCGGUAGUGUUGAGGCUGCUUGCGCUCUCGGCGUCGCGGAUGGUAUCGUUGAUCUUGUUGAGUCCGGUGAGACUAUGAAGGCCGCUGGCCUGAAGGCGAUUGACACAGUUGUCUCCAGCACUGCCGUGCUGGUCAAGUCCCGCAAGUCCAACAGCGACAUGCUCACCCUCCUCAGCUCCCGUCUGCGCGGUGUCAUCACCGCACAGAAGUUCGUCUUGUGCCAAUACAACAUCCCGCAUUACCCCGGCAAGCGCGCGCCUACUAUCACCGCGCUCGAGGAGGAGGGCUGGGUUGCUGUCAGCUCGAUGGUGGAGAAGAAGAGCAUUGCGAACGUAAUGGAUGAGCUGAUUAAGGUCGGCGCGAGUGAUAUCUUGGUUAUGAACAUUGCCAACUCGCGCACGGAUUAA